GGCAUAAGACGACCGCCGCACGGGGCAAGACACCCUCACGCGUGUGUGUGUGUGUAGAAACAUUAUUUCAUAAAUUGAUGUGUCGUGGACUUGCUUGGCGUGGCGGGAGGCACCACAUGCGGUCGAGUGUUUGGGGAAGGAAUCGAGCAUCAUCGUUCACCAGGCAACCCACGCGCCAAGCUCCGCCCCUCUGCUGCUGUCCCGCAUUUCUCCACCUGGCCACUCUGCUCCCAGCCUCAAAAACAUUCGGCCAACAGUUACAGUCUGCGCCUUAAACGUCACUCGGGAUGAUUCUACACUGGAGUUCUCGCUCGUGGGUUUCGUGGCGGAGACUCCUGCACCUGCGAGGCUCAAGUCGAGGGCUGUCAUGCUCCGCCACACUCAGCAACACCGGCGGAGCUUCCUCAGGUCUGCAGGACACGGCUGACACGGUGAUCAUCGGAGGCGGCAUCGCGGGCACCAGCAUCGCCUACCACCUCGCCAGACAGGGCCAGAAGGAGGUGGUGCUGCUGGAGAAGACAGACCUGACGGCGGGCUCCACAUGGCACGCCGCGGGCCUCACCACUGCCUUCCAGGGCGUGGUGAAUACCAAGCGCCUCCAUUACUACAGUCUCAACAUGUACAGUCACCUGGCGCAGGAGACGGGGCAGGAGACUGGGAUGCACAUGUGUGGCUCCAUCAGGCUGGCCACCACCCCCACCCGCGUCGACGAGAUGAAAUACCAGAUCUCCCGCUCAAACCACCAUGAAGCGCCCAUAAGUCUCCUCACCCCAGAGCAGGUCCUGGAACACGUGCCCAUCGCCAACAUUGACAACAUACUGAUGGGCCUGUACACGCCCUAUGACGGCCACGUGGACCCCUACUCCCUGACGCAGGCCAUCGCAAAAGGCGCCCGAGGGUACGGCGCCAAGAUACUGCAGGGCACGGGAGUGGAGGCGCUCAAGCUGCGGGAGGACGGCAGGUGGCUCGUGACCACCACUCAGGGGGACGUGCUGGCAGACAGGGUGGUGAACGCUGCAGGCUUCUGGGCCAAGGAGGUGGCGAAGAUGGCUGGCUCAGACCUGCCUCUCGUGCCCAACCACCACCAGUACAUCGUCACCUCCACCGUGCCGGAGGUGAAGGCGCUCAAGAAGGAGAUCCCCGUCUUGAGACACCUUGAGGGCUCCUUCUACCUGAGGAUGGAGCGGGACGGCCUGCUGGUGGGGCCCUACGAGUCCGUGGAGACUAUGAGGCAGUGUGAGGACUGGGUGAGGGACUGCGUACCUAAAGGGUUCGGGAAGGAGCUGUUCGAGCCAGACCUGGACCGGCUGGAGCCCCACCUGGAGGUAGCAAUGGAGCUCAUCCCGUGUUUCGCCAACGCCAGGAUCCAGAGCGUGGUGAAUGGACCCAUCACCUACACCCCGGACGUGCUGCCGCUGCUGGGCCCAGACAUCCUGCCUAACAUGUGGCUCGCGGCGGGCUUCGGGUACGGCAUCGUGCACGGCGGCGGCAUCGGCAAGUUCCUGGCGGACUGGAUCCAGACUGGCGAGCCUCCCUUCGAGCUGAACGAGUGCGACCCGCUGAGGUUCGGCUCCUGGGCCACCGACGACUACGUGGUGGCCAAGGCGAGGGAGAGCUACGGCAUGAACAACGCUGUCACCUUCCCCAACGAGGAGCGAUUUGCAGGCCGCCCCACCUGCAGAGUGUCCGGCGCCCACGAGCUGAUGGAGAAGCGCGGGGCUCGCAUGCACUUCCACAGCGGGUGGGAGCAGCCCGCCUGGUUCUGCCCGUCAGGAGGCAAGCCAGAGUACCAGCCGAGCUUCAGGAGGACCAACUGGCACACGGCUGUGGAGGGCGAGGUGGAUCUGGUCAUGACCUCAGCUGGCAUCAUUGACCUCACGCCCUUCGCCAAACUACUGGUGGAGGGACCUGACUCCGAGGCCUUCCUGAACCACGUCACCGCCAACAAAAUCCCUAAGGUUGGCCGAACAGUCAUCACGCACGUACUGACCUCCACCGGCCACGUGUACGCUGAGCUGACGGUGACGCGGACUAAGGAGGACUCGUUCCUGGUCAUCACGGGGUCAGGCGUGGAGUUGCACGACCUUAGGUGGCUCCAGGAGCAGGCGAGGCUCGGCGGAUGGAAGGUGAGUCUUGCCAACCAGACGGACGAGCUGGGCUGCCUGAGCGUGGCGGGGCCCAAGUCUAAGCAGAUCCUGGCCAAGCUGUCACAAGCCUUCGAGGGAAAGUUCCCUUUCUUCUCUGCCAAGGAGGUGAACCUCGCGGGAAUAGAUCUGCUGGCCAUGCGCCUUUCCUACACCGGGGAGCUGGGCUGGGAGCUCUACCAUCCCCGCUCUCACACCGCCAAGCUCUAUGAAGCUCUCCUGGACGCUGGCCACGAACAUGGCGUGGGGGACUUCGGCACGCUGGCGCUCAAUGUGAUGCGGCAGGAGAAAGGCUUCAAGAUGUGGGGCGCCGAGAUGAACAUGGACACCACCAUCACUGACGCGGGACUCAUGGCAUUUGUCAACAUGAAAAAGGGUGACUUCGUGGGUCGCGCCGCGGUGGUGCAUCUCCUCACGCAGCGACCCAAGCGCAUGUUGGUGCAGCUCAGGGUGGACAGCGAGGACGUGGAGCCGCAUGGAGACGAGACCGUGUGGCUGUGCGGCAAGGUGGUCGGCAACACCACGAGCGGCUGCUUCUCCCACCACCUUCGCCACCCCAUCGCCUUCGCCUACCUGCCGCCCUUCCUCGCUGUGCCCGGCUGCCAGGUCCAGGUUGAGUUGCUCGGUGACCUGCGCCCCGCCACCGUGCUGCCGGGGCCCCCAGUGCUUCCCCACACCGCUAGAGGCAAGGCGGCCAGAUAGGGGGUAGCUCACGUCUUCCCAGCCCAUUUCCCGCCCCCCUCCCCCCUUCAAGUGAGGCAGGGCGGCAGUGGUGGCGGCGCAAGACUCAAAGCUUCACCGACACUUUUGCGCAGUACAGUUAGGCUCGGUUAGUAUGUAGUUCGAAUUGUUUAUUUUUGUGUGCGUAUAUUGUUGACUUGUAGUGUAUCUUGGCUUAUGAGUUUUAGGGAGUUUGUCGCGGUGAUGGUUGUGUGAGGUACAAAGAGAGAGAGAAAGUAGAUGUAGUAAUGCUAAUGAAAGGAGCGAAUGAGUUGAGGAGAGGGCGAAGGAGCGGGCAGCAGUACAACAUAACGCAGUGUUGUGGAAGGUCAGGAGUCAGUGAGUGUUCGCAGCCGCCGUGAGUCGUUGUGAUGAGCCACGGGGAAGAGACAGGCCUCGCUCAAGGGACACAGGUACUGGCUAAUGGCAACACGAGUGAUGAAGGCUGGCGGAGAAACAGGCUCAAGUACAUUGCAUUACAUUUUACUGCGCUGCUGAUGUUAUUACAGUUGAGAGAGAGAGAGAGAGAGAGAGAAUUGUCUUACCUUAUCUAACAUAAUAUAACAGCGACGCCGUAUAAAGUCGGGAUAAUAGAUCGAACGGGACGAAGAUCUAACAUACUAUAACCUUUGCUUGCUUUCAAUUACCUUGCCUUGCCUUGCCUUAUUCCUGGUUCAGCCUGAAUUUUUCUAUCCCCUUCAUAAAUCGCUCUAAUCCAGUGGAGAGAGAGAGAGAGAGAGAGAGAGAGAGAGAGAGAGAGGGGCGUGGGAUAAUGGUACAGGAAAAAUAUGACGUAACCCAAACGAAGUCUUAAUGAGAUAUUCUUUUCUGCGCUAUUUUUUUUUUUUUUUUUUCCUUUCUUGUGCCAUAUUUUCUGGUGUUUUUCCUCUCCUGAAGAUUUACAGUGAUACAAUUAUCCUACGCCAUUUUUUUUUUUUUUUUUUUUUUUGUAUAUAGCAAUUAUUCUUGAGCUAUAUUUUCUGAUGUUUUUUUUUUUACGUAUCUUUUAUUAUAUAGCCAGAUUUUCUGGUGUCUUUUUUUUUUUUUUCUUCCCGAGUCACCUGUUGCGUGCUUCACACCCUCCUUAUGUUUACUGAGUACUUAGCGAGACACGGAACUGUUUUCAGAGGCCAGACAGAGAUGAAGAGUGUUCCUACUGGUGUGCCUUUCUAUAAAUGAUGUGUAAUCUUUGUUAAACUAUCAUUACAAUUAUGGAUAAA